UGGUGAGUGAGUGGUGAGUGAUGGCUGAGUGGUGAGUGAGUGGUGAGUGAUGGCUGAGUGGUGAGUGAGUGGUGAGUGGUGAUUCUCCUCUACUGCCCCCUGACCUUAGGCGUCGCUCUCGGCCGCCUCCCUCCCUCCCUCUCGGAUGAACACGUCCACUGUGUCCGCGCGGGCUCGAGACACGCGGUCGCUUCGGACCCUGCACGAGUGCACACUGCAUGGCGCUGUCUGCUGCUGAGUGCGGACUGCCUGUGGACGUCAAGUGCGUACUGGUUGCUGGGUGCGGGAUGAGUUGUAGAGUGCUGGGUGUGUGGUGAGAGUGCGAUGGGUGUGAUGAGUCCAAGGUGAAUGCUGAGUGAGUGGUGAGUGCUGGGUGCGGAGUGCUAUGUGUAGGAUGCGGAGUGCUAUGGGUUGGGUGCGUGCUAUGGGCGUGAUCCUGGCCCCAGGCCGCAGGUGCGGCUGCCGGUCUCGCCACAUCCUCGCCGCGCUGGGCUUCGUCGGACUGGCCCUGGUGUACGCGCUGCGCGUGAACCUCAGCGUGGCCAUGGUGGCCAUGGUGAACAGCACCGGGGCUGCACACCAGGACAACAGCAGCGCGUACUGCCCGCAGCCCGCGCCCUUAAACGGCAGCCACCCCGCACAGCUGCCCUCUGUCACCAUUUACAACUGGGAUUCGCGAAUCCAGGGGUGGAUCCUUAGCUCCUUCUUCUACGGCUACAUCAUCACACAGGUUCCUGGGGGUUACCUGGCAGGCAGGUACGGUGGGAAGCUGCUGUUUGGGGUCGGCGUCACCUGCACCACGGUGCUCACGCUGCUUACGCCGAUUGCCGCACACUUCGGGGUCCCGUGGCUCCUGGUCGUGCGCGUCCUGGAAGGGCUUGGAGAAGGCGUGACCUACCCCACCAUGCACGCCAUGUGGGCGCUCUGGGCGCCUCCGUAUGAGAGGAGCACCCUCAUGAGCAUCUGUUACUCCGGUGGACACUUCGGCACCGUGGUGGCCAUGCCGCUGUCAGGGAUCAUCGCAGACAAGCUCGGGUGGCCUUGGAUCUUCUACAUCUUCGGAGGUACCGGGCUACUGUGGUCGAUCGUCUGGUUCCUCUUCGCGUUCGAUUCCCCGGAGAGGCACCCGCGCAUCUCCGCCGAAGAGCGGGAGUUCAUCCUCAAGUCGCUGCAGGCGGAGCGGCAGGCGAAUCACGGCACGUCCAUACCGUGGCGCCACGUGUGGACCUGCAUGCCUCUCUGGGCCAUCAACGUGGCCAUGUUUUGCUCAGGCUGGGGCUUCUACGUGCUGCUCACCUCGCUGCCCACCUACAUGAGCACCGUGCUGCACUAUGAGAUGCAACAGAACGGCCUCCUGUCGGCCCUGCCCUACUUGGCUGGCUGGGUGUUCACUGUGGCCGGGGGAAUGGCCGCCGACGCGCUCCGCAUCCGCGGCCUCCUCUCCAUCACCGCCAUCCGCAAAGUCGCGACCACGCUCGGCCUCGCGGUCCCCUCCCUGUGCCUCGUGGCCUCGGGCUUUGUGGGCUGCAACCACCUCCUCGCCGUGUCCUUCCUCACCUUGUCCGUGGCCUUCGGGGCCUUCACCACAGCGGGCUGUGGCAUCAACCAGCUGGACAUCGCGCCCCAGUACGCCGGCGUGCUCCUGGGCAUCUCCAACACCUUCAACAACCUCCCGGGAUUCCUGGCGCCGACGCUCACCGGCUACCUGACCGAACACGACACGCUGAAGGAGUGGCAUAUGGUGUUCUUCAUAUCGGCUGCCAUCAACAUGUUCGGGGCUCUCUUCUACCUGGUGUUUGGAUCGGGGAAGCAGCAGAGCUGGGCUCGGGAAGGGGGUCUCGAGGAGGGAGCCUCUCUGGAAGUCUCCUCCGUCGAAGAGGCCGACGGGACGGACGGGUCUGCGACGGAGCAGCGUUGGGCACGGCUCAAGUAGAGGUCGGGGAUUGACACUAAUCCUAACCCUUGACCCUACGGGACACAACCCCCAAUACUGACCCACGCCAUGUCAGGCACGCCUGGAACCGCGACCCUGCCAGGCAUAGCCAUGACAGGUGUCUGCUUCAAUAAACCUAAAUGUGUCUCUAACCCAAAAUCUUGACCCUAACCUUAGGCCUGACCUUUCCCCUACCUAUACUUACCCUAAUGGGUCUAAUCUAUCACGCUCUGUCACAUUCCUCUAUCGUAACCAUAAUCCUGAUCAAAAGCCUUACCCCUAACCCUACCAAACAUUCACAUCAAUGGCCACAAUCAGAACUUUGAACCCUGACCGUGGCACGCACUCCAUGAGACCGGCAAUGUUCACGUGAGACGUGUUCAGCUGAGCAGUGGGUUUGCCAGCGCGAUGGAUCAAGGUCAGAGUCAAGGUCAGGGUCACAUCCCCCGCAUGAAUGCGCCACUCCCGGCUCCGUGGAACCCGAGUCGCCUCAACCCCGCGCGACUCUAGCUCCGGAGUCGUCGCGUGACGCCGCUCAGAGCCGCGCACACGGCACACGGGGACGCCGCGAUGUCUGGGACGAGGCGUGCGGAGCGAGCGGGGACGUUGGACCGAGGAGACUUGGCGGGCACAUGGGACGUGGAGAAAGAGCUCUCGUGGAGCCACGAGUGGGCGGGUGAGCUCUGGCUGUGCGGGAUCAUUUCGACCAUCAUCGUGGCGCAAUUGUUUUGCAGAUAAUUACACUGUGAUAGUCAUGUGAUAAGUGUGCUGCGUGCGGAUAUGAAUGGGUCUUUGUAUAUGAGUGUGUGUAUGUAUGAGUGUGUGUGUGCAUGAGUGUGUGUGCAUGAGUGUGUUUGUCUUUGUAGUGUGCGAGUGAGUUUGUGUGAGUGGAGAAGCGUUGGCACAUUGGAUGGCACGCUGUCCUUCGAACCCGGCUCCCUGAGUUUGAUUCCCGAUCACGGCUAACAUCAGUCGCGAGUUUUGUGUGCGGUGUUUGCGGGUGGGUGAGUUGCACUGGUUAACACACUGAGCUACCGAACCCGUUAACCUGAGUUGGAUUCCUCGCCGCAGAUAUCAUCAAUGACGAGUAGUUCUAGAUCAACCGAUUCUAGGCCUCUCCUCGUUGGUUCAUUCCUAAAUAAAUACCUGGCACGGCGGAUAAAACACGAAGUGGAUCGUGCGCGCCAACUCCGCCUCGCUGAACGACUCCGCGGGUACAGAAUCAUUGUCGUGUAAUCGCUCCUGCCUCACCUGCACAGGUGAUUAAUUCACUCCCUUCAACGCCUGUCUCUCCACCUGUGCGCCUUGCUCCGUGCGAUCACUGGCACGGCUGUGCGCGGCCUCAUCGGUCGAGUCAAGGCGACGGCCUCUCCGCGUCUAAGGUCAAAGCUCGGGCAGGUCGCGAGAAAGGGGCAAUGGCUGAUGAGCGCGGAGUCACUGCUUAGCGACAGGAGAGAACGUCCGCAGUGGCGGGGAUGGAACGAUGAGAUGGGAUCGGGUGCAGGUGCUGGGUGGAUCGUUGCAUCACGAGACCGUGAAUGAUGGUGACGACUUUAGGAGACCUCCAUCCGGAUUGAUGAUGACGACGGUCAGGGCCAGGUAUGAGCCCAGAUUCGGGUGAGGGUUUAAAUAAGCAUUGAGGUCAGCUCGGGCCUACGGCUACUCCGUUCCGCUCUCGGCCCCUGGGUUGCCUGGGACUCAGUGUCCAGGGUUGGGUGUUCAGAGCACAGUGGGGGUCGUUCAGAUCCCCGACUGUCAACUGCUCACCAUCAACCCCUCCCCAUCACGGCCGCUGCGGUCUCCGAUUAACCACCCACCUCUCUGUUGUGUUAAGUGCGGGUGAGUUCAUUGAGCGGUGUGUGACGUCGCGGGCGACUGUGGAUGAGGAUAAUGAUGAUGUGUGUACGUCCUUACGAAAUAAAACCUCGCCCUGCUAUAACUGCACAACCGAUCAUGGUGGGAAUGCACUCGCCGUGUUGAUGCAAAGCAUCGAUCGUCAACUCGGCUCCACCGUGUAAACACAAACCAAGCACACGCGCUGCUGCUGCUGCUGUUGCCUUGACACAACUCAGACAUAUUCGUCAAUAACACCGUGGCCUUAAAAUAAAAAAAUAGGGGACGUUUCGGGCAAUGACCCAUCUUCAUAGAAUAUAAAUAGAGAGGCCAUAGAGGUCGAGAGAUAGGUGUUAAUACGGCUCAGAGACUGCAAUGCACACCGUGGGGCCUGAUGUCGCACGGCGAUAACGUAGCUACAGGCGUCACGGUGCAGCGAACACCAUUGUUGUACUGAACUUCCAUGCUCCGGCGUCUACGCUCGCCGCAUGCACCAACCCGCACUGAUGACCGGCGCAGCGAAGUAUGGUCAAACAGCCUCCACGACCCGCGUCACCAUUGCGCAAGGGGAGACCGCGCCAAGUGGCCCUGCGCCAGGGCCCCCCCGGGGUAGAGAGGGGCCGCCGUCCCGUCACUCGGUGACGGCGGCUGACCUCCUGUUCACGGUUAAUGAGACGCAGUGCUGCGUCUAGACCAGUGGUU